UCGCAAAGGCACUCGCGUCGCGCUCCCUCAUCAAAGCCACUCUCCCCAAAAGAGAAAAGCGUGCGCGGAAAAUCUCAUCACUCCCGCCCCCGGCGCGGCCCGUGGCGUCGACCUUUUAAGCCCCCCGCUCCGAUUCCCCCCCCUCCCCCACACCCACAGGCCACCCACACUCCCCCCUUCCCCUCCCCUGAUCGAGCGAGCUCCAUUCCAUCAACCUGCUGCCGUUUCUCCGGCCCAAUUUGACGCCUUCCUUCUCUGUUCCGGCGGCGGAGGGACGCGGUUUCGCCGUUCUCGGCUGUUGCGCCGUUUCCUCUGCCCCAAUUCCGGGCUUCGCCGCCGGUAAUUCUGGUGGCUUCUUGAUCUGUCCCCGCGCUUGCGGUUGCGGGAAAAGGCUGUGGGCUUUUUCCGCUCGCCGCAACGGGUGCUCCGUGCGUGCUCGCGCGCGCUCUCUCUCGCUGUCCGCCCGACCCGACCGACCACCCCUCGCGAUCACGGGGAAGCGUCGCCGUCGUGGUCCGUCCGUCGACGGGGGUUGGCGGUCAGUGGUGUUCAACAAAGUCGCGCGCCCCCUCUUCUCUUUCUUUUCGUGAGAUGUCUCGCGUCGCGUCGUAGUCGAAUCGUUAAUUAGUCUUCCAGGUCAAUCCCGGGCCUCCCGGCUUGUUCUUGACUUGUGCCGUGCUCGACCCGUGACGCCUGUGGUUGGCGGGCGACGGGGUCAAAUUUCCAGUUCCUGAUUCUUGCGCCGCGGCCGCCGGCUCCCAGCCCAAUGCUGGCGUGAGAGAGAGAGGGGGGGAGCGGGCUCUUAAAGAUCGCGGCGUUGGUCCUGGUCCGUGCCCGUGCGCGAGCCCGGCGUAUGGUUGGUGGCGCCUGGUGGUAGUGCGCCGCCGCGAUGGGCUGCGUCGCGUCCAAGAACGCCGUCUCGGUGACGCCGGCGGCCGACUUGUCCGGCGCGAUCAGGGACCGGAGCCAGCCGCGCGCCCAUGAGUCCGCGGCUCCGGUGCCGUUGCCGGUGCCCGCGGCGGUCGUGUCUUCCCUGCGCAGCUCGUCGUACGCGGCGAGGAGGUCGGAGAAGGUCAAGGACGAGGCGGAGGAGCCCGAGAAGGCUGCAGUCGUCGUGCCGGCCGCGUCCCGGAGCUUCCGGCUGCGGAGCCUGCGGAAGAGCCUGGAGGGGGAGCAGGUGGCGGCCGGGUGGCCACCGUGGCUCAGCGCCGUCGCCGGGGAGGCCAUCCAGGGGUGGAUCCCGCUCAAGGCCGACUCCUUCGAGAAGCUGCAGAAGGUUGGGCAAGGCACUUAUAGCAGUGUAUUCAGGGCACGGGAACUUGAGACGGGAAAGAUUGUUGCCCUUAAGAAGGUGCGAUUUGACAAUUUUGAGCCAGAGAGUGUUAGAUUCAUGGCAAGGGAGAUACAAAUAUUAAGGAGGCUUGAUCAUCCAAAUGUCAUGAAACUGGAAGGCUUGAUUACUUCUCGGUUAUCAUGCAGCCUUUAUCUAGUUUUUGAAUACAUGGAGCACGAUCUUGCUGGACUUUGCUCCUCCCCGGACAUCAAAUUCACUGAUGCACAGCUCAAGUGCUACAUGAACCAGUUACUGUCAGGGCUGGAGCAUUGCCAUUCACGUCGUGUAGUUCAUCGUGAUAUCAAGGGUGCAAAUCUGCUCGUGAAUAACGAAGGGGUUCUAAAGAUUGCUGAUUUUGGUCUUGCUAAUUACUUUGAUCCCAGCAAAAACCAUCCUCUGACCAGCCGUGUUGUUACACUGUGGUACCGACCACCUGAACUGCUACUAGGUUCAACUCACUAUGAUGCAGCUGUUGAUUUGUGGAGUGUUGGGUGUGUAUUUGCUGAGAUGUUCCGUGGGAAACCUAUAUUGCAAGGAAGAACCGAGGUGGAACAACUGCACAAGAUUUUUAAGCUAUGUGGUUCCCCUGCAGAUGAUUAUUGGAAGAAGUCGAAGUUGCCUCAUGCAACAAUAUUUAAACCGCAUCAUCCAUAUCCUAGUACUCUUCGAGAUGUUUUUAAAGAGGUACCAGGAAAUGCAUUGAGUUUACUAGAAACUCUUCUGUCGGUUGAGCCCUACAAGCGUGGUACUGCAGCAGGUGCUCUUUCAUCUGAGUUUUUCAGGACAAAACCUUAUGCAUGUGAUCCUUCGAGCUUGCCUAAAUAUGCACCCAACAAAGAGAUGGACGCAAAGUUACGAGAAGAUGCGCUCAGGAGAAAAGCCAGUAGCAGAGGGCACGGGACAGAAGCAUCCAAGAAGUCCUCAAGGCUCAGCAGAGUAGCAAGAGAACCUAGUGCAGUCCCUAAGCAAAUAAGUAACAAAGAGGAGUCCAAAACUAGUGUAAAUGGAACCAAGGAUGUAGCAAUACAGGAUCGUGUGAAGCUGAAUGGCGAUGCUAGGCUAUUUACCGACAUACCACCAGUGUUACCGGUCCAAGUUAGAGAAAGGUCUCGGCAUUUUAAGAACGACACACGAGAGGAAGUCCCUUUCUCAGGACCAUUGAGUGUUUCUUCAUCUGGCGGUUUUGCAUGGGCCAAAAGACCACAGGAGGAUCGCUCUUUUGCUAGAUCACGGACCAGAUCUAGUUCAAGAGGCCAAUUUCCUGGUGAGGCUGAUCAGGACCGCAAGUCCCAAGCUAAAGAGAACGUUGGCCUGAGGGAGCUACCUAGCAGAGAUGUAUCCAUAUCAAUAUCUCGCACCAACUCCAAGAUCCAAGACCGGGAGCCUCAUGAUGUAGCAAAGCGUGCAGUCCUGAAGAAGUGGUCACAGUUAGAGCGUCCAGAUUCAUUCGAUUCUUGUGACACUUACCACUCUCAGAACUUCUCAAACGCGAUGUUUCUCGGGGGCACUGUCUCAUCAAAAAAUAGUUUCAAGGGCGACCAUGAUCAAGAAGAGAAGGUUGAGUACUCAGGCCCCUUGUUAUCCCAGUCACACAAGGUCGAUGAACUGUUACAGAAGCAUGAGCGACACAUCCGACAAGUUGUUCGGACAUCAUGGUUCAGGAGAGGAAGAAAGCUGGACAAGUGAGAGCAAAAGCUUGACCAUUUCUUUUGAUUGGAGAAGCUUGAUGCAUAGAGAAGUGGAGAGCAUGCCAGUUUCUGAUGGGCAUUUGCUGUCAAAGUCCGGGAGCUGGCAACUGCUGCUGACGAUGGAAUUGUUGACUGAAAACAUAAAAAACAUGAUGGAUUUAGAUGAUCCCCGCUCACAGCAAAAUUUGAGAAACUUCACCUCUACUAGAUUGGUAUGACUUCGGCGUGUAUUGUAGAUUCCCUGAGGACGCCUAUGUUUUGUCCUUUUUGUUGUAUAGGGAGCCGUUAACAGCUGAAGAGCCGUUGUGGUUGAUCAAACAUUCAGACCAUUGUGCAGUUGGAACCAAUAACCACCGCACAAUGGCGUGAUUGUUGUAGGUAGCCUUUGUAAAGAAAAAGGUAAAAUCGAAUAAUUUGUCAUCUUACUCUGCCGCA